AAGAGAAUGUCGGAGAACACCCAGUGUCGUUUCCACACCCAUCUGCGUCAGAUGCCGCCGAUGAAUUCGCCUACGCCGCGGUGUCGACGCCUGGCGCGUCUGGCACGAAGUUGCAGGGACCGUCACGUGUUGUUCCUAAUCGCAGUCGCGUAGAUGCGUACUCGUCCAGAUCACAGGUGUCGGGGAUACAGCGGAUGCAGGCCGGAGCACAGAGAACGACGUCAAGAUUAGGGGUAACGCGGUCGGUAGGACGGGUCGAGCCUAUCAGGGUGUCAGAGCCGGCAGUUGAGGAUACAGACACGGACGACGAACCUCCAGCUCCUUACCAGUCGACUUCGGACGCGUUGUCACGCUCUCGUUCGCGUGGUUCUGGAUCUCUCGGACAAUCAGGAAGUGUUCGGCCCAGACGGUCCGCCAGUCUCAGCGAUGCCCUCACCAACGAAGACGACGGACCCUACUACCCUAAUCCGACUCACUACCAAGGACAAUCGAGUUCAAGACCGACUACCAGCCUUGGUUUCGCCACUUCAGAUGCUGGUGGGGAUGGCCCGCGGAGAGUGAUGAUGGAUGAACGUGAGAGAGCGUCGGUUGAAGCAUUGACAAUUCAGAAGAAGCAUGCAAAUCCAGGUCGCUUAGACGACGUGCAACACGAUCAGCUCCAGACGAACGAUCCACACCAGCGGCAAUCACCCUCUCCAACAUAUGGCCGACCCUCCCGUUUUACACACAAGCGCCGAGACUCAGAUACCUUACGUUCGGUGCCUAAUGCUGCGAGCGUCUCUCCCUCAGGCAGCAGUAUGCCAGGCUCCCGUCUGUCACCGACCGUCCGCAGUUUGUCAUCUUCGGGGGUUAGCGCUGCAGCCGCUAAGCAUCGACGCAGCGGCACUGCUCCUGAACAACCCACAACGAGCGGUAUGCUUGGACCAUCAGGGCCGUCAUCGGCAUUGGGUCGGACGUGGAGUGGCGAACGAGAGAGUUGGGGAUGGGAGAACCAGCCGAGCAAGGAACGAGAGACGACCAGAGAACGAGAACGGCGGCCUCUGCAAUUGACUCAACAGCAGCUAGAGGCACAACAGCACAUCGAGGCGCAACGACAGCAACUUCAGCAGCAGAUACAGCAGCAACAGCAACUCCAGCAGCAGAUACAACAGCAGCAACAACAGCUUCUUCUUCAGCAACAGCAGCAAGCGACGCGCACCUUCGUGGUCAACAAAAAACCUUACGCGCGAUUGGACAUGAUCGGGAAAGGGGGAACUUCACGCGUCUUUCGGGUGCUCAGUGGCGCAAAUGAGCUAUAUGCGAUCAAACGGGUGUCGCUGGACAAGACAGACGCAGAAACGAUGAACGGGUACAUGAAUGAAAUCGCACUGCUCAAGCGGCUCGACGGCAAUCAACGGAUUAUUCGGCUCAUCGACUCGGAAGUCAAGCCUGGUCCAGGGGGAGGCAAGGGACAUCUCUUCCUUGUCAUGGAAUGCGGUGAAAUCGACCUUGCACGCUUGGUCAGCGAACAGGCGAAAGAGCCGUUGAACAUGGUUUGGGUGGCUUACUACUGGCAGCAGAUGAUGCAGGCUGUUCAUGUCAUACAUGAGGAGAAGAUUGUGCAUUCUGAUCUCAAGCCGGCCAACUUUGUGCUUGUCCGCGGCCAGAUCAAACUGAUUGACUUUGGGAUUGCGAACGCCAUCGCGAACGACACGACGAACAUCCAACGCGACCACCAGGUUGGGACUGUCAACUACAUGAGCCCCGAGGCCAUCGAACUGCCUGAUGGCAUGCGCCGCCUGAAAGUUGGACGUGCCAGCGAUGUCUGGUCGCUGGGCUGUAUUCUGUACCAGAUGAUCUACGGACACCCGCCAUUCCAGCAUCUGUCCGUGUAUCAGAAGAUGAAGGCCAUCCCCGAUGCGGAGUAUGCGAUUGACUUCCCGGAAUACUCUACGCCGGUGGCCGCUGCGAAACCGGCUAGCCCUGCACUAAGCACGCCUCCAAAAAAGCAAGAACAUCUUCGCCGCAGGGUACGGCCCGAUGUGAUCGAGAGCAUCAAAAGCUGUCUGCGCCGGAACCCAAAACAGCGAGCUCUGAUCCCCGAGUUGCUGGAGCACGACUGGUUGUCUGUGAGAGACCCGCCGUCCGCCAAAGACCUCCUUUCUGAGAAAGAGACUAUUAUCACACCAUAUUACAUGGCCCAGCUGCUCCAGUAUGGAAUAUCGCUCGGCCAAAACCCGAAUACAGAUUCAAGUAAUGAAGCGCUGCUCAAAGAGGCUGAGCGUCUUGUUGCAGAGCUUAAAUCGGUGCAGAGUGGUGCAUCUUGAUCGUACAUCUGUAUUACCCAAUUCGC